ACCAACCAGGUUUGCACGUUCUACGGGUUCAUCGUCGAAGAGAACGCCGAGAUUUUACCCGUGGACCAGCCAGAGCCGCAGCCCGUGCGCAAAAUGGAGUUUAUUGGCGACUCGGACACUUGCGGUUUCGGCAACGAAGGCAAGGCCAGCAGCGCGAAGAACCUGUUCGGUAUGAAAGGACGGAUGGAGAACGUCUACAAUGGCUACGCGUGUAUCGCCGCGCGCAUGUUUGAUGCUGAAGAGCACGUGCUUGCGUGGAGCGGUAAGGGCGUACAUAGCAAUUCUGCAGAUUGGGGCCCCAACAUGCCGGCUCUGUGGAAGAACACGCUGGCAUCUCGGCCCGGUGACUGGGAUAUGUCCAGCUGGAUACCUGAUGUCGUGGUAAUCAACCUCGGCAUCAACGAUCUAUCGCCGCCUGCAUCUGCGGAGACGGACAUUAUCACAGGCUACGCUUCGUUUCUGCUGGAAGUACGCUCUUAUCGGCCGGACGCACAUAUAUUCUGCGUCGUGUACGACGACGGCUGCAUCAGCUCGGAGGACUCGGAGACCAACCGCAAGUUCGUGUCCCUGCAGCUGCAGGAGAUUAUUAAGGUGGCCAUCUCCAAGGUCAGCAAGCACGACGACAAGAUGCACUACACCUUCAUCAAGGUGGACGAAGGUCUCGACAAGGAAGACUACGCGUCCAUGAUGCACUACGCCGUGAGCGGCCACGUCAAGAUCGCCAAGGUGCUCGCCGAAGAGAUCGCGCUGCGCACAGGAUGGAGCGUAGAGCACGAGCCAGAGACGAUGCCGUACCCGCAGGCCAAGGACCAGAUCCUCACGCCUCGAGACCACUCCAAGACGUCCUGUACGGUGUCCUAG